AUGCUUUUUUUCCCACAUAAUUGUUCAGCCACCGCCACCUGCCCCUCUCAACUCCAUGACCACCUGCUCGCCCUCCUCACCCUCUGCCUCUCGCCCCUACCAACAGCCUUCAAGGACACCGAACGACACCGAACCUCCGUGUUCAGCAUUGUUCGCACUAGUUCUGUGUCCCGCCUGCCUGCCCAUCUAGCACCGCCUGCCUCUUGCCUUCCGCCACCACCCUCCCCUCCUCUCGCCCCUCCGACACCAUCUGGAGAAGUCCAGAUGAUGGCGGUUGUGAAAGACGAAGGGGCCCAGCAAAUUUAG